AUGUUAAACGAAAAUGGCCGACAGUUGGUUGACAAGGUGCAGGACACGAUAUUAUGGAUACACAUCUUCGUUCAGAUGCUUGCCUUUGGCAUCCUCUUUCCGCUCGGGAUGGUUCUAGGGAUAAUCAAGAGCCGGUGGCACGUUCCGCUGCAAAUAUUCAGCACGGCGCUCGCACUACUCGGCUACGCCCUUGGUCACCUACACCGCGGUCGCCAGUUCCAACCCAACAAUGUCCACGCAAAGGCCGCCACUCCCCUUUUCUUCCUCAUGGCGGCCCAGGUUGUCUUCGGCGUCUACCUGAAACUGCACCUCGAGAAGGGGAUCCACGGCCGCAUCCGACCCUUCUUCCGCCUGGCACACAGCAUCAACGGGAAGGCCUUUCCGAUUUACGCAUGGGUACAAAUGAUCUUUGGCGGCAUCACGGCCUUGGGCUUUUGCCAGGGCGACCAUCUGGGGCAAUGCCUGGCCCACUUCAUCAUGGGCGGCGCUUUCAUCGCGUACGGCGUCCUCCUCACCAUCCUACUCCUAGUCGGCCAGCUCUGGCUCCGCCGUACCGGCCGUAGCCAGGAGUUCUUUGACAGCGCCGUCAUCGCGGCCUGGGGCUGCGUCAACACCUUUACCGAGCAUCGCUGGGGCACCGCGUGGGUCCGGAACGACUGGCAGCACACGACCAUGGGCAUCAUCUGGUGGAGCGCGGGCCUUGUGGGCGUGUGGCUCAGUAGGGACCGGGACGGCGCGCCGAAGCGCAACUUCAUCCCUGGCUUCGUCAUCCUCAUCACCGGCUGGGGCAUGUCGGCGCACCCGCAGGAGCUGAUGAUCAGCGCCAUGACCCACCAGAUGUUUGGCUACACCCUCAUGGCGGCCGGCAUCACCCGCAUCAUCGAGGUUUCAUUCAUCCUCAGGGAUAAGGCUAGUGUCUCGGAAAGCGGCCGAGAGUACAACAGCUUCCAGUUCAUCCCUGUCUUCCUCCUCUACGCAGCCGGCUUCCUCUUCAUGGGCGCCACGGAAGAGCAGAUGCUGCUCCUCGCGGGCUCGGGCAUCGACCACGUCGCCUACGUCAUGAUCCUGUACAGCCUGGCGUCGCUGCUCUUCCUGUUCACCAUGACGCUCAUCCACGUCUACGAUCGCGCCAACCCCGUCCCCAAGACUGCCAACGGGCAAGCGACACGCGGUGCCGGCGGCGAGGACGCGCGCCUGCGCGACGCCAACGAGUUCGAGCUGGACGGGCUGGUUAGUGACGACGAGGACGAAGAGCGCGCCGCGAGGCGGAAGCUCCUGACGGAUGAUGGGCCGGAGGAGGAGGAUGGGCCGAGCAGCCCGAGCACGGUGGGGAGGAACAGUGACCGCGUGGCGUAG